CAACCUUGGAUAAUUUAUAUAUCAUAUAUAUUGACACUCUCCCACCAUCAUUCAGCACAUAAAUUCUUCACCUGAAAAUGGUUAGUGUCCUGGAGCUCCGAAAGGCGCAACGAGCUGAAGGCCCAGCAACGAUUUUGGCUAUCGGGAUUGCUACACCAAUUAACUGUGUCCUCCAGAGCACUUAUCCAGAUUACUAUUUCCGUGUUACAAAUAGUGAAAACAAGAAUGAACUUAAAGCAAAAUUCAAACGCAUGUGUGACAAAUCAAUGAUUAGAAAGCGAUACAUACACUUGACGGAGGAUAUGUUGAAAGAGAAACCAAAUCUUUGUGCUUACAUGGCACCAUCGUUAGAUGAAAGACAAGAUAUUGUUGUCUUGGAAGUACCAAAACUUGGUGCAGAAGCCGCAACUCACGCAAUCAAGGAAUGGGGCCAACCGAAGUCAAACAUCACCCACCUUGUCUUUUCCACUUCGUGUGGGGUUGACAUGCCAGGAGCUGAUAACCAACUAACAGAGCUUCUCGACCUUCGUCCUUCAAUCAAACGUGUGAUGAUAUACGAAAAUGGUUGUUAUGCAGGUGGCACAGCCAUUCGUUUAGCCAAGGACUUGGCAGAGAACAACAAGGGGGCCCGUGUAUUGGUUGUUUGCUCGGAAAUCACUGCUAUAGGUUUCCGAGGACCCGAUGAGACCCAUCUUGAUGGUCUUGUAGGUCAGGCUUUGUUUGGUGAUGGUGCAGGCGCCAUUAUAGUUGGCUCUGACCCGUUACCAGAUAUUGAAAAGCCACUUUUCCAGAUUGUUUCUGCUUCCCAGACUAUCAUCCCGGAUACAAAGAGCAUGCUUAGAGGACACGUUCGAGAGGUCGGGCUUAAAUACCAUCUCCAUAAAUCCAUUCCUGAACUCAUCGCGAACAACAUUGAAAACUGCAUGGUAGAGGCAUUUCGACCCUUGGGAAUUGUUGACUGGAACUCACUUUUCUGGAUUGUACAUCCAGGGGGCGCUGGGAUAUUGGACCAAGUGGAGGAAAAACUAAGCCUUACACCCAAUAAACUACGAGCCACACGACACAUACUCAGUGAAUACGGAAAUAUGUUUAGUAGUUGUGUCCUCUUCAUUCUAAAUGAAAUGCGACACUCGUCAACUAUAGACGGGUUUGAGACCACCGGAGAGGGUCUAGAGUGGGGUGUAUUGUUUGGGUUCGGACCUGGUCUCACUAUUGAAACUGUGGUUCUCCAUAGUGUGCGCAUUUAAUGGUUAUUAUGUUUUGGUUAUUCAAUGUUGCGGCCUUGGCGUACUAAACUUGACUAGCCUGCAUUAAAUCCUUGAAAUUAUGCC